UUUACCCUCCUCCUCUCUCUCUCCUCCAUACCUAUCUCUCUCUCUCUCUCUCUUUCUUCCCCGUGAACACGGUCGGCAGAUUUAUCCCCAUUCUCUCAUCCAAUUCGAUUCAAUGUCUCUUAAUUUCAUCUCCACCUUCAUUUCUUCAGAUUCAAUUGCAUCAAUUUCAUCCAUGAUCCCAUUCUAGCUUCUAUUAUUCUGUCGAUUGCGUUCUUUCGGGUUCAGAUUUCAUUUUGGCGGUGUUGGUGUUGGUCGUGCUGCUGAUCAUCACUCAGGUCAACUAGAUUCCCUUUUUUAUCCUUUAAUCAGGUUUUUUCCCGCACAUUUCUUAUUACUUUCUUCGCCUAUUUCUCUCGAUCCACUUAAGCGAUUCUUUAUUAACCCUAGUUUUAUUAUUAGGUCAUCUUACAAAUUUAUCGAUUUGUUCGUACCCAUCUCAUGAUAUCAUAGGUUUUUUCUUUUGCUUGAUCGAUUCACUCCAUGGAUAUGAUUCUAGGUUUCAUACUGGAAGCUCUGUGAAAUUUUCGGUGCGUCGUUUUUAGUUGGCAUCUGAAAUCGAGGCUUCUUUCGUUAGAAUCGAUUCUUCCUUUAUUACAAUUAGGGGUUCGUUCGUUCAUUAGAUCUUCUUCAAUCCUUUCUUUCUUACCAUUUCUUUUCGGUUACCAAAAGACAUAAAAAAAAGAAGAAAACAGAAAAAAUAAACAACCUUUUAUCUCGUUUUCUCAAUCCCUUAAUCCUUAAUUUCUGUUGUUUGUAUAUAUAUAUAUUUUUGAAGACAAAAGAGAAAAAAAAAAAAACCAACUGUUGUGUGCUAUGGCCUUGAAUUUUUCACACCGUCCAAUCUUUUCAUCCCAUUUGUCCGAAGACAAUUAUGUUUCUCCAGCAAGAAUGGCAAAUGGUUACCUUAUGGAGGGAAUUCAAGAAAAUAGUGACAGGUGUGGCUCCCCGGAAUCUGUAUCUAAAGAUGUAAUUGAUCGAUUACCUUCGGAUCCAUUUGACAUGGACAUAACUACGACAUUUACAGCAAUUACGGGUUGGUUGGAGGAUUUGGAAGUAGACUAUGGAGGAUUUGGACGAAAUGUUGUGGUGAACAAUGCAGAGGAGUAUAAUUUGUUCACAGGGUUAAAUUUAAUUUGGACCAAUGUCUUGCGGUUCCAACCAUUUCCCAGCAAUACACAAUUCAGUCAUAUCGUUCCUGCUGCAUCUCCAUCAGAUGGAUGGAUAAACGAGACAGAGGUUGUGAGUAGUAGUAGUAGUACAAGUAUAAAUCAUGUUGAAGAAACUCAAGAAGAGAGUGUUGAAAGUUGUGGAGUUGCACAUGAAGCUUUCCUUUAUUCUCUUGGGUCUCUGGGCGUGCGAGAUCUCCUUUCUGUCGAAAGAGUUUGCAAGUCCUUGCGUUCUUCUGUUCAAACUGAUAUACUUCUUUGGAGGAAUAUCGUUAUUGAUCAACCUUUGAAUGAGAAGAUCACUGAUGAUGCUCUGUUUGAAUUAACAAGUAGGGCCCAGGGGACACUCCACUCUUUGAGCUUGGUGGAGUGUCCUAGGAUUACUGAUGAUGGGCUUAAACGGGUACUCGAGACCAAUCUCCAGUUAACAAAGCUAAGUGUUCCAGGAUGUACAAGACUCAGCGUAGAGGGCAUUGUGAGUACGUUGAAGACACUAAAAUCUGAAGGUACUUUAUGUUUGAAGCAUCUCAGAAUGGGGGGACUUUAUGGAAUGACAGAAAAUCAUUUUGAGGAGCUGAAGCUCUUAUUAGGGACCAACAAAGUACAAAAUGAUCGUGAGCCACGAUAUUAUGAUGGGGGGCAUCAUUAUGUGCUGUGUGACGAUGACUAUGCAAUUGAUAUAGAAGAAUGCCCAAAGUGCCAAAAAUUGAGAAUUGUUUAUGAUUGUCCAGUUGAGGGUUGCCAAGGGCAAAGUGGUAAUUGUAGAGGAUGUAUACUGUGUAUUCCGCGAUGUGUAGAAUGCGGUUGUUGUAUCAACGAUAGUGAGUAUGAGGAAACCUUUUGUCUGGAAUGGCUUUGCUCAGAUUGUUCUAGUCAUCAGCUGCCCAUUCCUACAGAAAGGCUUGAUGAUAACAUUCUGCCCUUAGAUGAUAACGUUUUGAGCCAGGAAUCAAGCUAAGGGUUGGUGUAAUUGUUGUUCUCUCGAGAAAAAAGAAACAUGUGUUUGUGUUGGUAGUUAGCAUUGGCCAAACACAGCUUUUAGAUGGACCUUAUUCGUAUUGACUGUAGAAGUGGUGUUGUUUAAGUUGGUAUGGACCGAAAUUGGAGGAAGAAAGCACAAAACAAUGAUGGUGAAAAGGAAAAAUGAUAAAGAAGGUCAGUUUGUGUUACUAAAUAUAUAUAUAUAUAUAUAUAUGAUGGGUUGGGAUGAAAUAAAAGUUUGUUGUACUUGUUUAUGACUUUAGAUUGUUAAGAAUGAUCAUCUUAUGUUAGACUGUAGUAGUACUAAUAAUCACUUAUGUUCAAACUGUGUAUUGUUGUCAUAUGGUUGUGUUAUAGAAUAAAAACUUAUGAUUUAUCCAACUUUUCAA